AGCCGUGUUUACAUUACUCGGCGACUCCCGAGACGGCCAGGCGAACACGCGGGGGUCAGCACGUGUCCUAACCUAUGUUCUUACACUUAAUUUCGCUUCUGUAUCGCUCCUGCAACCACCAGAAAGAUAGGACGUCCAUCAUGUGACGAAAUUAAUGUGCAUGUUUAAGAGUGUAGGAAGAUAAAUAGGAAGAGGAGAUUUUCAAUUGCCAAUAAAAAGUUCUACAAGAUGCUACCAUUUAAAUAUGGAUUAGAUAAUGAAAAAAUAAAAGCGAAGAUCCCGGAGAGAAAUGUUAUCUGUGAUUACUGGUAGCUCCACGCGGCUCUUCGGCGGGAAUUAUGCAAGAGAUUAAACCCAGAUCGACCUGGCUAGUCAAUACAUUCAUGCAAUUCGAGUCACGUUGUAAUCGGCGAGGCGUCAGAGCCACGGAGCUAACAAUAUAUUAUGUAAACCUCAAUUCUGCGGCAUGCUUCCACACUGAGUGUACUUGUGAAAAUUUAAGUGUUGCUCAUUUCUAGUAAAAACAAUUAGGAGGCAGAGAGGAAAGGGAAGGAGGAGAUAAUAGAUGAGAAACUGGAGUGGAGCAACAGAAGCCUUUUUGAACGCAUAUUUCCAGAAAUCCCGAAACAAAAACUAAAGUGUGUGUGUGUGUGUGUGUGUGUGUGUGUGUGUGUGUGUGUGUGUGUGUGUGUGUGUGUGUGUGUGUGUGUGUGUGUGUGUGUGUGUGUGUGUGUGUGUGUGUGUGUGUGUGUGUGUGCGUGUGCGUGCGUGUGUGUGUGUGUGUGUGUGUGUGUGUGUGUGUGUGUGUGUGUUUAACAGUAGGUGCCAGUACACGUGUGAGGAAUGCACUAGAAACCAGCUGGGCGAAGACUGCGACCGGCUGUUUGCACAAGUGUACACUGUUAUUGAUAAAGAGAUUGAGGCCAAGCAAAAAUCACAGCAUGAAGGUGCUGAAAGUGACGCUACUAUUACAAACGAAACUAUGGACGAACAUGAAAGUAGUUUGAAUAGAGUGCCCAGCAAAGCUCUCCCGCCAAACAACACAACACAACACCCGUGUGGUAAACAAGGCAGCGAGCAAACUACCUCAGUAAACACCAACCAAGCUAGUGAGCAGCAAAAUGACAAGGUAUGUUAUUUCUACAAAAACAACAAUUGUAAAUAUGGACUAAGGGGCAGAGAUUGUCCAUAUGCUCACCCCAAACUGUGCACCAAGUAUAAGGUUAACGGUUGUGACCCAGUAAGAGGUUGUAGAAAAGGCAAAACCUGCAAAUUUCUCCACCCACCAAUAUGUUAUGGAUCCGAAAGAAAGCGAGAAUGCCUAAAUAUGGAAUGUAGAAAACUACAUUUAAAAGGCACUCGCCGCUACCCCUAUGACCAAACAAUUACCGGACAAACAAGGCAACAAUCAUCACCAGUCAAGGAGGUACCCAAACAAUCACAACCAGCCCCUCAGCCACACAACGCAUGGGCAAACGGUCCGCCACACCACACUGAAAAGCAACAAAAUGAAUCUUUUUUACUCCAACAGUUGCAGCAAAUGCAACAAGUGCAGCAACAAAUACUACAAAUGCUGAAAAUAACACCGUGGCAGUGGGGCCCAGGCCACCUAUCGCAAGGACACCAACAACAACAAGCGACAACAAUGCCAAUGCUCUAUACAAGAUAAUAACCUUAAAUAUCGCCGGCCUCCUACCAUACAAAUUUAGAGGCAAAAUAAAACUGUUCACAGAAAUGGCACAAACUGAAAAUGCCUUUAUAAUCUCUCUCACAGAAACACACUUAACAGAGGAGAUUAGAGAAGCAGAAAUAAAAAUAUCACACCUUGUACCAUACAGGAUGGACCGACCAAUUCAACGGAAAAAAGGAGGGGUCAUCACUUACGUUGAUAGCCAUUUUGCAGCUAGAACAAAAGUACUUUUCCAGGAAUCAAACAUGUACACAGAAUCACUGGUACUAUACAUUCAAGACAUGGACUGGGUAUAUACAAACAUAUACAGACCACCAGCAUGCCCAACAGAGAAAUUUAUGACGCAACUAACAAAGAUAAAAGAUAUCAUUGGCUCGCUACCGCCGCCCAUGCCCACCAUUAUACUUACUGAAGACUUAAACUUUCCGCUAAUAGACUGGAAUUUGGAGUGUGCGUAUGGAGGAGCGGAAGACAUGCGGACCCAGGCAAAACCUGUCAUGCACUUUGCCGAGGAAUACUGCCUCAAUCAAAUCAUCGACACUCCUACAAGAGGUAACAACAUACUAGACAUCGUUAUGAUAAAUAAUGAUGAUAUUAUGCAUAAUGUGAGGGUGAAUAAAACUAAUCUCUCUGACCAUAACAUCAUCACCGUGACUACCAACCUACCUAGAAAUACACAUCUUAGACUGUCCAGUGAAGUGGAGCAGGCUCCUGAUUUUAAUUUUAACCAACUCAACUUCCUAAGCGAGUCAGUCUGCUGGGACAGUAUAAAGAAAGACCUGGGUGAGCUAAACUGGGAUCUACUCAUGAGGGACUGUGACCCUGAGGCCCAAUAUGAUACGAUCAUUAACACAUGCUUGAAAAUAUCAAAGAAGCAUGUACCGUUGAGGAGACCGUCUAAAAAGACCUCUCCUUUCAAUGGUAACAUACCAAGAGACCGAAAAGUACUAAUGAGAAAAAGAACAAAACUAAGGAAGAAACUCGGUAAUACCAACUACACCAAAAUGCUGACGCAACUCGAAAACAAAAUUGCCAUUAUAGAAGAAAAACUUAAAAGAUCAGUUGAAUCAGAGAAUGACCGGAAAGAAAUACAAGCUGCGUCAUGCAUCAAAACCAACCCCAAAUACUUUUACAAAUAUGCUGCUAACAAAUCGGUAGUGAGAGCGAGUGUUGGCCCACUGACUGACGUACACGGCCAACCCAUAAACAAUGCCCAGGAUAUCGUUGAAGCACUACUGAUUCAGUACAAAAGCGUCUUCAGCAAACCCAUGGAAGACAAAAUUGUCAACCUACCUAUGGACUUUUUCAACCAAGGAACUGAUCACAUAUCACACCUGACGGACAUAAGCUUAAACAACGACGACAUACAGCAAGCAAUUAAAGGGGUGGCCACUAAUUCGGCAGCUGGCCCCGAUCAAUUCCCUGCAGUACUUCUUAAAAAAUGUGCUGAAGAGCUGAGUGUUCCUCUGUUAAAUUUUUAUAGAAACUCUCUAGAUUCUGGCAUAAUACCAGAAAAGCUAAAAAGUGCAUUCAUUACACCAAUAUACAAGGGAGGGUCAAGAGCAGAGGCAAAAAAUUAUCGACCAGUUGCCUUAACCUCCCAUAUUAUUAAAGUUCUAGAGAGAAUUAUGGUUAAAAACAUGUCUGCAUAUCUAGAAAGCAAUAACAGAAUGAACCCGGACCAACAUGGCUUUCGUACUGGGCGCUCGUGCCUCUCACAACUUUUGGCCCACUAUGACUCAAUCAUAGAUAAGCUUGAACAUAAUGCAGAUGUCGAUGUGGUCUACCUUGAUUUUGCGAAAGCUUUCGACAAGGUAGACCAUGGCAUUUUGUUACACAAAGCCAGACAAAUGGGCAUUACGGGAAAACUCGGGAUGUGGCUGCACUCAUUUCUCACUGGCAGGACUCAAUGUGUAGCGGCUGAUGGUGCAGUUUCUCAGUCAUCGGAAGUCGUCAGCGGGGUACCACAGGGAUCAGUCCUUGGACCCCUGCUAUUCCUGAUCCACAUCUCCGACAUCAAUCAGCACAUCUUACAUUCGACUGUAGCUUCCUUUGCUGAUGACACCAGGGUACUAAAGGAAGUCUCUUCAACAGCCGAUGCCGAAAAAUUGCAAACUGAUUUGGCAGCACUCUACUCAUGGGCAGAGCGCAACAAUAUGUCUUUCAAUAAUAACAAAUUUGAGUGCAUACACUACAGCUCAGGGGGGACCAACAGCAAUGCACACACAUAUUUAGCACCGGAUGAUUCCCAUAUAAUAAUCAAGGAGCAUAUAAGAGACCUGGGGAUCACUCUGAGCUCAGACGGAAACUUUACCCAACAUAUCCACAAAGUGGUAAAGAAAGCACGAAGCCAGGCUGGAUGGAUACUGCGCACUUUCCGGACAAGGGAAAGGAGACCUAUGAUGACACUGUACAAGUCACUCGUAAUACCCCUGCUCGAGUAUUGUUGUCAGCUAUGGAGUCUAUGGAGAGCAGGAGAGAAGCAGGCACUCGAAGCAGUACAACGAUCAUUCACCAGUAGAAUAUCUGGCGUCCAACACCUCGACUACUGGGCAAGGUUACGUGAACUCGACCUCUGUUCAUUAGAAAGGCGCAGAGAAAGAUACGCCAUAUUAUACACCCACAAAGUAUUGUCUGGAGAAGCUUUAAAUAAUUUGAAUAUACAGUCUAGCAUGCACCAGCGACGAGGUCGGCUCUGCUACAUUGAAAAAGUACACACCAGAGCAAGCACAAGAGUCAAGACACUCAAGGAAAAUACAUUCACCAUUAGAGGACCACGUCUCUUCAAUGCACUACCCAGACACCUACGAGACUCAGUGGAAAUGAAUUUCGAUAGUUUCAAAACUCAGUUGGAGAAAUUCUUACGGAUAAUACCCGAUCAACCCAAGCUGCCACACUACCACAUCUGCGCCACCAGCAAUAGUAUCAUAGACCAGCUGGCGCAGAGACGAGCAGACGGGUUGUACUAGUGGCGGCGCAUCAGCGUGGCCACGGGCGGCGGCUGCUGCCUGCAACUAUCACCACAGGAACCACAGGGUUCCGCAGCAGCAGCAAACACGCUUGGGUGGUGGCUGGCUCCCUACCUUGCCCCAUCCCAGCGACUCGAACCCUGGGAAAGAAAAAGAAAAGAAUGGACGAUGAGAGAGGAGGCGAAGAGAGAGAUGAGUUGUAGGGACGAGAAGAGAUAGAGAUGAGAGAUGAGAAGGGGCAAGGAGAGAGGAAACGCGGAGAAAGGAGACUUGGAGAGAGGUGAGAAUAGAAGGUGAGAUAAGGGAGGAGGCGAGAAGAGGGAAGAGAAAAAGAAGGGGUAAGGAAUAAAAACAGAAAUAUAAACAUUAAAAAUAUAGGAAGGGGAAAGAGGAGCACUGGAUGAAGAAACAGUCAACAUCAGCAAAAAAUAAAUAAAUGGAAGGAGAGAAUAUACAGGGAAAGGUGAAGGCCAAGGAGGAUGGGCUAGGAGGAUGAUACAUAAGGUUGCCUCGAGUGAGUCCGCCACACAACGUCAGAGGCCAGCAGUGCUCUCUUCUGGCUCUUGAUACUCUCACGCUCUGUCCCGCCACUCUCUCUCCCUCUCCCUCCCUCUCUUUCUCACUCCACACCCUUUCCGUCUCACCGUAAUGGACGCCCCAAGCAACGCCUCCUGCCUCACGGUCGCCUAUGAACAAUUCUACGGGCCGCUCAUCAUCCACGGGACUGCACCCAACAUCACGUACAGCGGCCCGAUGGUGGAGCUCUUCGAUAUCAUGGCGAAGCACCUGGGUUACUGUUACCGGCGGGAAGUGUCGCAUGAUCGGGAGUUCGGGAGACCGCUACCCAACGGUUCCUGGACGGGGAUAAUUGGCAUGCUGCAGCGACAGGAUGCCAACGUGACAGGGACGCUGAUGUCAGUCACGUGGAUCAGGUCCAAAGUGGUGGAUUUCAGCACGGCCAUUGACAUGGACGAGUUUACGGCUUUUUCCGCCCUGCCAGCCUUAACCUCUGACAUGUCGGGCUUCGUGAAAUCCUUCUCUUACCAGACGUGGGUGCUGCUGUUGCUUAGUUCCCUGAUCACGUUCGUUGCGAUCUUCCUCGUUUUGCAGCGCCAGGAGAGACUCAACCAGUCGCCCAAGAGGCGGCGCUGGGGUGACCUUGGCGCCUCAGCGGAAUGGCAAGACUACCUACAGCAAUCCUCGCUAUGGACGUGGUGCAGCCUAGUAGCGCAGAGCGUGCCAUGGGAAGCCGAAGGGGACGCGGUGAGGAUGAUGGUGGGCAUGUGGCUAUUGACGGGCUACGUGGUGGCCAUCGUGUACCGCUGUGUUCUCAAGGCUAUGCUCAUCCUGCCCAGCGUCCGUCUGCCCUUUGAUAGCCUCGAGGAGCUGGUGCAGUCAGGUCUCCCCGUAGCCGUAGGAGACGCCACAAGCAUCCACGUGGAGAUCAUGCAAGCGAAGAACACGUCCACGCUGGGCAGGUUGCGGCGGGUGGUGGUGGCCGUUCCUUCGUCGCUCGCCAACCUGUACAACCAGAAGGCGGUCGAGGGCGAGGUGGCGGGCAUGAGAACCGACACCGUCUCCAAGUUUAUCCUGAGCGACGACUUUGCCAAGGUCGGCAGGUGUCGGGCCUACAUCAUGUCCCGCGGUUUCUUUGGGCCGAACAGUCUGAGCCUCGCCUUCCCCAAAGGAUCUCCUCUCAAGGCACAGUUCGAUCCCAUCAUUGUCAGGUUCCGGGAGUUCGGGAUCAUUCAGAAGGUGUUCGGCGACGCCCUGUCCAAGGCCGCUGAUUGCUUCAAACCCUUCCAAGCCACCCACGCCCUCUCGGCCAGGCGACCCCUCCACCUGGACGACUUCUACGGCGUGUUCUCUCUCUUCGCCGCUGGCAUCCUCUUGGCGUCCCUCGCUUUCCUGGUCGAGGUCAUACGCGGGUCACGGAGACGUUUGAAGGACUGAGAGGACCGACCAGUGAUGCACGGACUCAUCUCUGCCUCUGAAGAACGUUUUCCGGCCAUCUGG